AUGAAAUUUGGCAUAUUUAUGGGCCCUUUCCACCGGGCCGGUGAGAACCCCACCCUGGCGCUGGAGCGCGACCUCGAACUCGUGCAAUGGCUCGACUAUCUUGGUUUUGACGAAGCCUGGAUUGGUGAACACCAUAGCGCCGGCUGGGAAAUCAUCUCGUCGCCCGAGAUUUUCAUUGGCGUCGCCGCCGACCGCACCAAGCACAUCAAACUGGGCACCGGCGUUGUCAGCCUCCCUUAUCACCAUCCCUUUAUGGUGGCUAACUGGAUGACCCAGCUCGACCACAUGACCCGUGGCCGCGUGAUGCUGGGGGUAGGGCCGGGCGCCCUGCCCGGCGAUGCCUACAUGAUGGGAAUCGACCCCACCAAGCAGCGCAUUCGUAUGGACGAAGCCCUGGGCGUGAUCAUGCGCCUUUUCACCGAGAAGGAGCCGAUCACCCACAAGAGCGACUGGUUUGAGUGUCAGGAAGCCAUGCUGCAACUGCGGCCUUACCAGACGCCCCACAUGCCUAUUUCGGUGGCAUCAGUGCAAACGCCCUCCGGCGUAUCCUUGGCUGGUAAACACGGCGCUUCUGUGUUGACUAUUACCACUCCUCGGGACCCCGCCGCUCCGUCGGGCACCGACCUGAAAGACCUUUGGGACAUUUGCGAAGAAUCUGCCGCCGAGCACAACCAGGUGGUUGACCGCUUCGAUUGGCGGCUGGUGCUGCCGGUACACCUGGCCGACACCCGGGAGGAAGCAUUCGAGCAGGCCCGGAUCGGCGCGGGGCGCUAUCAGCGUGAAUACUUCGAGCAUACGAUGGGUCGCCCUCAGGUGGUCGAUGGGCCGCCCGAAAAAAUCAUCGACGUGCUGGCCGAACGCGGCGCCUGGAUUAUCGGGACGCCCGACGACUGCAUCGAAGGCAUCAAACGGCUGGAAGAGCGAAGCGGCGGUUUCGGCGGCUUUAUGGUGCAAACCGUCGACUGGGCCGCCCGUGAGCAUAUGCUGCACAGCUACGAGUUGAUCGCGCGCCACGUGAUGCCCCACUUCCAGGGUUCUGCCGAAGCUGCCAAGGCCUCCAACCAGUGGGCCUACGAACGCAACGAAUCCCUGAUGGCUGGACGCAGUCGCGCCCUGGACCGCGCCCGAGAAGACUACGCAGCGCGCAGCGCAUAA